UCCGAUGUCGCGUAUAUUUCCCUUUAACUGAGCAACGGACGCAAAUAUAGAUUCCAUUUCGUCAAUGUUGUGAAUGGUUAAUAAAAUUACAGUUUUCGCUCCUGUGGAUGCUUGGAAACCGUUUUGGUCUUAUCAAAUAAUCGAUCUCAUUUCGUCAAAAAGUAGAACCGUCUGCUACAUGAUGCGCCAUGUUCGAGCCACGUCCUAACUUCAUGGCAGCGGCUUCGUGUUUAGGUUUACAAUAAGUAUAUUUCAUUUGACAUUUUAAUCCCUGUUCUGAAGGCCGAAACGAUUACAACAAUCAUCAAACAUGCCGCUUCGACUAGACAUUAAACGCAAGCUGACGGCGAGAUCGGAUAGAGUAAAGAGUGUCGAUCUUCAUCCGUCUGAGCCAUGGAUGCUGUGUUCAUUAUACCAGGGAAAUGUGAACAUCUGGAAUCACGAGUCGCAGACGUUGGCCAAGACCUUCGAAGUGUGCGAUCUACCUGUCAGAACAGCAAAGUUUGUCGCAAGAAAAAAUUGGGUCGUCACUGGCUCUGAUGAUAUGCAAGUUAGAGUUUUUAACUACAACACACUAGAACGUGUUCAUGCGUUCGAAGCACACAGCGAUUAUGUCAGAUCCAUCGCCGUUCAUCCCACGCAACCGUUCAUUCUUACCAGCAGUGACGACAUGCUGAUAAAAUUAUGGAACUGGGACAAAGCUUGGCUUGGUCAGCAGGUCUUCGAGGGCCAUACCCACUACGUUAUGCAGAUUGUGUUCAAUCCAAAAGACAACAACACAUUUGCCAGUGCAUCUCUGGAUCGCACAGUAAAAGUCUGGCAGCUCGGUUCAUCGACGGCAAAUUUCACACUCGACGGACAUGAGAAAGGUGUAAACUGUGUAGAUUAUUAUCACGGAGGUGAUAAGCCUUAUCUUAUUUCCGGAGCUGACGAUAAGUACGUCAAGAUAUGGGAUUACCAAAAUAAAACCUGCGUCCAAACCCUCGAAGGGCACACACAGAAUAUAUCUGCAGUGUGCUUUCACCCAGAGUUGCCGAUUGUUUUGACUGGUUCAGAAGAUGGAACAGUGAGAAUUUGGCACGCUGGUACCUACAGGCUAGAGUCGUCGCUUAAUUAUGGCUUUGAAAGAGUUUGGACGAUUUCCUGCAUGCGAGGAUCUAACAACGUCGCCUUGGGGUAUGACGAGGGCAGCGUGAUGGUAAAAGUUGGUAGAGAGGAGCCUGCUGUUUCCAUGGAUUCUUUGGGCGGUAAAAUUGUGUGGGCAAGACACAGCGAGGUGCAACAAGUGAACCUAAAAGCACUGGGAGAAGAGGCCCAGGAUGGAGAGCGGCUUCCGUUGGCUGUCAAAGACAUGGGAGCGUGCGAAAUUUACCCACAAACUAUACAGCACAAUCCAAAUGGGAGAUUUUUGGUUGUUUGCGGGGAUGGUGAAUACAUUAUUUACACUUCGAUGGCUCUGAGAAACAAGGCUUUUGGACAGGCAUCGGAAUUUGUAUGGGCUGCUGACUCUAGUCAGUAUGCUGUUAGAGAAGGAACAAGCACUGUGAAAAUCUUCAAGAAUUUCAAAGAAAGGAAAAGCUUCAAACCCGAUUUUGGUGCUGAUGGUAUCUUCGGUGGAUUUAUGCUGGGAGUAUCUUCUGGCUCUGGUCUUUCCUUCUUUGAUUGGGAUUCCCUGAAGCUGAUUCGCCGUAUUGACAUCCAGCCGACGCACGUCUACUGGGCAGAGAAUGCAUCCCUGGUGGCACUAGCAACUGCCGAUCAAUACUUUAUUUUAAAAUUCCAUGCAGAUGCUGUGAACAACGUGCCAGAAAACACAGAAGAUAUCGAAGAUGCGUUCGAGAUGGUUGCGGAAAUGAGUGAGGCGGUAAAAACUGGUCUCUGGGUAGGCGACUGCUUCAUUUACACCAACAGCGUAAAUAGAAUCAAUUACUUCGUUGGAGGCGAAGUCGUCACCAUAUCACAUUUGGACAGGCCGAUGUACCUGUUGGGCUAUGUUCCACGAGAUAACAGGCUUUACCUAUGUGACAAGGAACUCUCCGUUGUUUCAUACUCUCUCUUGCUAUCCGUACUGGAAUACCAAACGGCAGUUAUGAGAAAAGACUUUGAAACCGCUGACAGGGUGCUUCCAACUGUACCAAAAGAGCAUCGCACCAGAGUGGCCCACUUUUUGGAAAAACAAGGUUUCAAAGAACAAGCGCUAGCAGUCUCGACAGAUCCAGAACAUAGAUUCGAAUUGGCUUUGGCACUAGGCGACCUAAGAACGGCGCAUGAUUUAGCAAAAGAAGCUAGUAGUCAGCAGAAAUGGCGACAACUCGCAGCCCUUGCAACUCAAAAAGGCAAAUUGCGUUUAGCUCAAGAAUGCUUGCAUCAUGCGCAAGAUUUUGGUGGUCUUCUACUACUAGCUACAAGCACCGGCAACGCUGGAAUGAUAAGAAAACUUGGCGAAGCUGCGGACGAUUCAGGGAAAAACAACAUUUCGUUUCUCUCGAAUUUUCUCCUUGGAGAUAUUGACAAGUGUUUAGAUAUCCUGAUAAAAACUGACAGGAUUCCCGAGGCUGCAUUCUUCGCGAGAGCCUAUGCCCCCAGCAAAAUAUCGUCUGUUGUAAAACUGUGGCGUGAAAAAUUAUCGGCCGUGAGCGAAAAGGCUGGACAGAGCCUGGCAGACCCGGAACAAUACGAGAAUCUUUUUCCUGGAUUCCGAGAAAGUCUCAAGGUUGAACAGUUCUUGAGGGACGAAGCCAAACAGACCAUACCAGCAGCCGCUUACCCGUCGGUCAAGCCAAAUGUUGCCCGCAAACCUCUGGAGGAAAUGCAAGCAGCCGAAGAAGCCGGCAAGUUCUUUUAUAGAGGUGAACUACUUCCAGGAGCUUCAGAUGAACCCGCGCCAAAAGACACAACUGAGCUUUUAGCCAAUCGACUUGUAGAUCUUGAUAUUAGCCAACCAACUUUCAUCCCUGCCCCAACCACAAACCAACCUUUGACGAGCCUUCCAGCUGGUCCGUUGAAACCCUCUGUAGCUCCUCAACCUCUGGUACCGCAACAAGUUACUAAACCAGCCAGCACAACGAGACCAUUAACCAUAGAUGAUGAUGAUGACAUAGAUUUCGACCUCGAACUUGACGAAAAUAUCGAUACCACUGAUGUAAAUUUGGACGAUGACUUACUAGGAGAAGACUAAAACUAGAAGAAAAGUGAAUCCUCUGCAACUGCACAUGCUAAUCUUCAAAUUGUUUUACAUCUCUGCCAGAAUACCGAGGUGAACUCAUCUCAUUCAUUCCCUGCUACAAGCACUUUGAAGUAUUAAUUUAGAGAAAAUAUAAUAUACUGUACAAUAAAUGUAUGUGAGAUAUUUUUCACGUAAUAAUAUAUGAAUAAUUAUUAAAUUUUACCAAAA